AUGAAGUUCACAACACUCGUCGCCGCCCUCCUGGCCCCCAUCGCCGUCCUGGCCUCUGCCGCCGUCGAGAUAACUCACCCCGAAGCCAAUGUCAACGCCGAAGGACUCAUCAACAUCUUUGCCACCAAGAAAGGCCAGCUCUACGUCAAGCUGAACCGUGCGAACAACCUCCGGAACAAGGACUGGUUCAGCAGGUCGGACCCCUAUAUCGAGAUGUGGCUCGAUAAGUCUUACAAGCAGCGGUCCAAGGACACCAAGGGUCAGAGCCCUGUCUUUGACGAGACCUUUUGCUUUUACCUCCGUCCAGGCCAGAACAAGUUGAAUGUCCGUGCGGUCGAUAAGGAUACGUUCAGGGAUGACAAGAUUGGAGAGGCGACAAUUUCUUUGGAUAAUGUUAUCAACACGGGCAAUUCUCCUGCUCAGGACUACAACCUUCCCAAGUGGCUCGGCCUUCGUAGCGAUGGCUCGGUGGAACUUCAGCAGCGAGGACUCGUUGCUGCCAUGACCAGUCCUGAUCUGAUGGAUCACGUCGACGCAGGCCCAACGGCGAUUUACUGUGGAGUCGAUCCAACAGCCAGCAGUCUGCAUCUGGGCAAUUUGGUGACCUUGCUCGGUCUGCUCCACUUUCACAUCAAAGGACAUACCACCAUUGGCUUGGUUGGUGGCGCAACAGGAUCGAUUGGAGACCCUUCAGGAAAGAGCACAGAACGUCAACCAAUGUCAGCAGCAACAUUAGCCCAUAAUGUGGCCGGGAUCGACGCACAGUUUCAUCAGUUCUUCAAGCGCGGACGAAACUAUGCCCAGAAAAGGGGUUAUGAGGUUGAAGGCCAUGGAGGGAAAGUCAAGGUUGUGAAUAACAAGACUUGGUUCGGAAAGUUGUCGGCCCUUGACUUUUUGGGAGAUGUUGGGCGCUAUGCUCGUGUCGGCACCAUGAUUGCAAGAGACAGUGUAAAGUCGAGGCUGGAGAGUCCACAGGGAAUCAGCUUCACGGAGUUUUCGUACCAGUUGCUGCAGGCGUAUGACUUUUGGCACCUCUACCACAAAGAUGGCUGCCGCAUUCAGCUAGGAGGAAGCGAUCAAUGGGGCAACAUUACAGCAGGAAUUGACCUAAUCCACAAAAAGAAAAUGACGAACGAGGAACAGGUCAUUAUCAACAGUGGCGCGGAUGAAAAGGCCAUGGCCGCCUAUGGACUCACCAUACCUCUGCUUACUACCUCGACGGGCGAAAAGUUUGGAAAGAGCGCAGGAAAUGCUGUCUGGUUGGAUGAAAAGAUGACCAGUCUGUUUGACUUUUACCAGUUCUUUGUUAAGACGGCGGAUGCUGAUGUCGGAAGAUACCUGCACUAUUUUACAUUGCUGACAUCAGAGCAGAUCCAGGAUGUUAUGACCCAGCAUAAUGUGGAACCUGAAAAGCGCGUUGCCCAGCAUGCAUUGGCAAAAGAAACAACAGAGCUUGUUCAUGGAGUCGACGCGGUGUCAAAGGCAUUGCUCGCAACCCACGUCUUGUUUGGCGCCUCUCUAGAUAAUGUCAAGGGCAAGGAGUUAAUCGACGCCUUUGAGCAUGAUUCGAGAAUGGUUAGUCUUACGAGGGAUCAGGUUGCCGAGAUGAGUCUGGACCGGAUCGCUGUCGAGUCUGGACUCUGCUCUUCAAAGUCCGAAGCGAAAAAGUUGGUCAAGUCCGGGGGAUUCUACAUCAACAAUGUCAAGGUAUCGGACGCCGCGUACCGUAUUGGCCACAAGGACUGGAUCGAUGGCGCUGUUUGCGUGUUGAGGUCUGGAAAGAGCAACUACAAACUUGUCAGAGCCGCACCCUAG